CCCACCGCCAGCCAGCAGCAGAGCAGAGCAGCCCCAGCCCAGCACCCCCACAGGCCACAGCACAUCGAUCGCCAUGCCCGCCACCUUCCCGCCGCCGCCGCCGCCGCCGCCUCCCUCUCACAACCUUCCUCCGCUGCUGUCUUCCAACGAGUCCUUCUCCAAGUUCUUCGAGUCCUGGAUCGGCGAGCAGUCCCGCGACCUGGAGGAGCUCCGCGCCGCGGCGUCCGCGGAGCCGGCCGCCCCCGAGGCCGACCUCCGCCGCCUCGUCGACCAGGUGAUGGGCCACUACGCGCAGUACUACAGCACCAAGGCCGCGGCCGCGGCCGGCGACGUGAGCAUGAUGUUCACCCCGUCCUGGACCUCCACCACCGAGAACCUCUACCUCUGGUGCGGCGGGUGGCGCCCCACCGCCGCGAUCCAGCUGCUGUACACCAAGUGCGGGAUGCAGCUCGAGCACCGGCUCCCCGUCUUCCUCGACGGCGGCGGCCUCAAUAAGGACGACCUCAGCGACCUCAGCGUCGCGCAGCUCCGGGCCGCCGACCAGCUGCAGCACCGCACCAUCAGCAGGGAGCGCGAGAUCGAGGAGGUCGCCGCGACCGCACAGGAGGCGCUGACGUCGAAGACGAUGGUGGAGCUCGCGGGCGGCGGCGGCGGCGGCGGCGGCGGGAUGGACGCGGGGGCGAUGGACCGGGAGAUGCAGACGAAGGCGGAGGGGAUGAGGCAGGUGCUGGAGAUGGCGGACGGGCUGCGGCUCGAGACGAUGCGCGAGGUGGUGGCGCUGCUCCGCCCCGCGCAGGCCGUGCACUUCCUCCUCGCCGCCGCCGAGCUCCACCUCGCCGUGCAUGACUUCGGGCGCCGCAAGGACGGGCACGCCGGCAACGCCGCCGCCGCCGCCGCCGCGCCGCCGGAGUGACGCUGACGCGCCUGGCUGCUCUGCUUUGCGUGUAUCGUGUAAUGGCUCCCCUGUUCCAAGCGGCGCAUGGCUGCGCGCCUUCGCGCGUUCGUAGCCGUGACGCCGCGCUUGUCGCCUAGCUACCCAUAAAGGCUGCUGGCUUGGUCAGCACGAGCUGUCGCGAUAAGCUUUUGAACAUUUUGUUCCUCUAGCUGUUUUGAACAUGUCGAUUUUGUAAAAUAUUUUAGAACUAAACAAAGCCUUACUCUGCCUCAAGGUGUUGCCAGUGUGU